UCAAUUUUUAUCUAUGAAACAUUCCAAAUUUAUUUCAGUACUUCUUUGAAAAUAAUAAAUCCUAGAGACUUUAUCAAAAAUCCUUGAAAUACGCAAAUCAUUUACACAGUAUCAUUUUAUUUGUCAUUACACUGAUUACAAUCUGUUCCCCUACUUCAACGCGAUAUCACACUAUAUAAGUCGAGAUGAUUGAAAAAUCGUUUCAUACUUCAAAUUCUCUUAUUAAAUUUCAAAACAAGUUGAAAUGAAAUCUCAAUUAAGUGGUCCGGUUCAAAACGCAAUUAAUUUUAUAAUUGAUCAAGGAAAUUACAAAACCCCUCCGGAAAUAAGUAUAAGUGAAGGUUCUCAAGAAGGUGACGGUUAUUCAUCAAAAACGUACGCGGUUACAAUUAAAGAUAAAAAUCGUAACGAUUCGUUAAAUCUUUUUAUAAAAUAUUUACUCGAUGUAGUUAAAGAGGACUGGAUUGAUACGCUUCAAAGUGUUUAUAAUGCUGAGCAUCAAUUCUACGGUGAAAUUUAUCCGGUUCUUGAUAAAUUUCAAAAAAGUAAACACAUAAAGAAUCCUUUUGAUAACGUACCAAAAUAUUUUAAAGUUAAUUUAAAUAAUGACGAUAUCAAACCGAUUGUGUUGGAAAAUUUACGAAGUUUAGGAUACACUUUAAGAGAUAGAAAGAAAAUUAUCGACGAUGCUCAUUUAAGAUUACCAAUAGAAGCUUUCGCUAGGUAUCACGCUAUUUCUUACGCUAUGAAAGAUCAAGAACCUGAAAAUUUUAAGAAAUUAACUGCUGGGGUUGAAGAUGUCUUCAGCAAAAAUUAUAAAAAAUUUGGAAUGGAUACCAUGAUAAAGCAAUGUUUGAAUCAAUUUUUAAAUAGUUUAGAUCAAAAAAUGGAUCAGGAAAUGUUGGAACGUUGUAAAAAUUUAGACGAGAAAUUGCUUCAAUUUUUUGAUGACUUAGUAGAUAAUGUUGAUGAAUAUUCAGCACUGGGGCAAGGAGAUUGUUGGUCUAACAACAUGAUGUUUCUUUAUGAUGAAGAAACCAAUACACCAAUUAAUGUCAAAUUAAUCGACUGGCAGUGUCAAAGAUUAUCUUCACCACUCCUAGAUUUUUCGUAUUUCUUCUACACAUUAGCAACGAAAAAAGAACUUGACAACGCCGAAUUUUAUCUCAACUUUUACUACGACACUUUAACCCAAAGAAUCGCCGAAUUGGGAAGCGAUCCAAAUAAAGUUUAUCCCCGCGAAAUUUUUAUAAAACAUUGGCGAAACUUUUCACUUUACGGAUUGUGCAUGGCUUUGUGUGUACUUAAAGUUUUAUUGUUCGACAAAGAUGAAAUACCUAACCUUAUGACCACAGAAAGCAAUGCGAUGGAAGCUUUUACAAUGGUCAUAAAAAAUCAAGACGUUUAUAUUGAAAGAUUAAAAGAUGUUGUUGAAUAUUUUAUGAAACAUAAUUUGUUUUAAUAAUUGUAUUAAUAAAAGUGGUUAAUACUUUUCA